AUGGCUGCCAAAUUGCUUAUGACUCAAACCAACAUGCUCGCCCGAUCGGUUCUCAGGUUGUCGCCAGUGGCCCGCAGCUCUCUGUCAACGUUGUCGCGACAUUCUAGCAUGUAUCGCGAGCCAUUGAGAUUCACUUCCGUAUCUAAAGUGUCCCAUCAAAAAUCGUUCCGCAGAGCCUAUGCGGAUGCGCAAACCGCUCCCCCUCCGUCGUCAUCGCCGAAGCCGAAGCAGAGGUUCAGAGCCCUCAGAUGGACGUGCAGAUUGUUGCUGCUUUCUUUCUUGGGUGGUAUAGGCGCAUUGGGGUACAACAUCUACUUACUCCGACACCCGGAAGACCAACUUACUCCUGACCAGUCUAAGAAAACGCUUGUUGUCCUUGGGACGGGAUGGGGAUCUGUAUCUUUCUUAAAAAGACUGGACACGGAAAACUACAAUGUCAUCGUUAUCUCGCCCCGUAACUUCUUCCUCUUCACUCCUCUUCUCCCGUCCUGUACCACCGGUUUGAUCGAGCACCGCUCUAUUAUGGAACCCAUCAGGAACAUUCUCCGCCAGAAAAAGGCCACGGUAAAAUACUAUGAAGCGAGUGCCACAAAGAUCGACCCCAACAAGAAAGUGGUUCACAUUAGCGACGAGUCUGCUAUCAAGGGUGAUACCUCGACCACGGAAGUCCCCUACGAUAUGCUAGUGAUUGGUGUUGGAGCUGAGAAUUCUACGUUUGGCAUUCCUGGCGUUCGGGAGCAUUCUUGUUUCCUCAAGGAAGUCGGGGACGCUCAGGAAAUCCGGAAGCGGAUUAUGGAUUGCGUGGAAACUGCAAUUUUCAAAGACCAAACUGAGAAGGAAGUCAAGAGACUUCUGCAUAUGGUAGUGGUGGGCGGUGGACCAACUGGGGUUGAGUUCGCUGGCGAACUGCAAGACUUCUUCAACGACGAUCUUAAGAAGUGGGUGCCGGAGAUAAAGGAUCACUUCAAAAUUACGCUUGUGGAGGCGCUUCCAAAUGUUCUUCCUACAUUUUCUAAGCAGCUAAUUGAUUACACGGAAUCCACCUUCAAGGAGGAAGAGAUCACAAUUCUUACAAAGACCUCGGUGAAGAAGGUUUCCGAUAAAUAUAUCGAAGCAGAAGCUACAAAGCCAGAUGGAUCCAAGGAGAUGGAGACUAUACCCUACGGUCUCCUGGUUUGGGCCACUGGAAACUCGAUCCGUGGUGUCGUCCGCGAUCUUAUAAAUCAAAUACCAGAACAGAAGAACUCGCGUCGUGGUCUGGCAGUCAACGAAUACCUCGUCGUGAACGGGACCGAGAACAUCUGGGCUGUAGGCGACUGUGCGGUUACCAAUUAUGCGCCAACUGCCCAGGUGGCCAGUCAGGAGGGUGCAUUCCUUGCCCGCCUUUUCAACAGCAUGGCCAAGACUGAAGCUAUUGACGCUCAACUGAAGCAGCUCUCGAAGGCACAGGCAGAGGCUCAAAAUGAGGAAGCCCGGACCAAAAUCCUGGACGAGAUUAGAGGGUUACAGAAAGUCCUUCGGAGAAUCAAACAGAUUGGUCCCUUCCAGUAUUCUCACCAAGGAAGUCUCGCAUAUAUAGGCAAAGAACGUGCUGUAGCUGAUGUCAGCUGGCUGAGCGGGAAUAUUGCCAGCGGUGGGACUCUAACCUAUCUCUUCUGGCGCAGUGUCUAUCUAAGCAUGUGCUUCAGCACUCGCAACCGAGUCCUUGUUGCAUUUGAUUGGUUUAAGGCCAAGUUGUUUGGCCGUGAUGUGUCCCGGGAGUAA